GUUGCUCAGCGGACCGUAACACAAUCGCAAAAGAUAUGAAUGAGAUCAAACUGAAACAUAUCUCAACACCCAGGCAGGAUAUUUGAAGAAAAGGGUCAACUAGAAAUGCAGAAAGCUAUACACAUCUUAUCAUCCUCAUCAACUGCCUUCAUACUCCCGCGAUUCAAAUGUAAUAACAACAUCAACGGCGGCGCAGCCAUCUCUUUCAUCUCCUUCUCUUCCUCUUCGUCCAUUACAUCAACAGCAAGGUCAAUUACGACGUCGUCUUUGCUUCUCCGCCCUUGUGGUCUAAAGCGUCGCCGCCGAUUCAGACCGUUUCGCGCUUUCGUAACUCGCUCCGAGUCAAACCCAGAGGCCUCUUCUUCUCCUUCUACAUCUGUUGCCUUCCAGUCCACUGGAAUCACUCGAAAGAUCAACUUCUGUCAGUGGUGUGGUGGUUCAACAAAACACGAGAUACCUGAUGGAGAGGAGAAGACAAGAGCUAUUUGCACACUCUGUGGAAAGAUUGCCUACGAGAACCCAAAAAUGGUGGUGGGUUGCCUUAUUGAACACGAGAACAAGGUUUUACUUUGCAAGAGAAACAUUCAACCAUCUCAUGGUCGUUGGACGCUUCCAGCUGGUUACAUGGAGAUGGGAGAGUCUGCUACCGAAGGGGCAGUCAGGGAAACCUUUGAAGAGGCUGGUGCAGAAGUCCAAGUUCUCUCUCCAUUUGCUCAUUUGGACAUCCCUCGUAUAGGCCAAACAUAUAUAAUUUUCUUGGCGAAAUUGAAGACUCCACACUUUUCGCCUGGUCCAGAAUCAUCAGAGUGCCGACUUUUUGCACUUGAUGACAUACCAUUUGAUUCUUUGGCUUUUUCAUCAAUGGUGGUUACCUUAAAUUUGUACAUUGAAGACUUGAAGAUUGGGAGACCCAAGUUUCACUACGGCAUUAUCAAUAAAAGGCCUGGCACUAGCCCGUCUGCAAUUCAAGCCUACACUCUUGAUGGUCAUAUUCAGUCUUGACAAGGAGAGACCUGUAGAAUCUGUGGUCAAAUGAAGUGUGGAGAGUGAGAAGAACGUCUGUAAACAGUUAUCAGUCCUCUGGUCCUGGUGAAACAAAAAUGCUGUUUUGCUACAAUUGAACUUUUCUUGGAUAAUAAAGAACUCAUCAUAAUACCUAAUUAUACUUUUCAGUUUGAUCCA